AUGGAGUCCCUCAAUCUCAACACCCUCGUCAACUCACUCCCCCCUUCAAACCUGGCCAAUGCGGAGAAGGAGCUUACUAACAACUUCAAGGCUGCCGCCCUGAGCCUCACUACUCUUUACCGUUCUUCACGACGCACUUCCAAGCGUGCAUACAACGCUGGAUACGCAGCGGCAUGCCAAGAUUUGCUGUUAAUGAUCCAGCAAGGCGUUUCUACGGGAGAAUCAAGUGACUCCAAUGGCCAGGGCAUGACAAUCGGCCGCAUCAUGGACUACAUUGAGGCGCGCCUUGAAGCGAUAAAGUCGCGGGAGGAAGAAGAAGAUGAGGAUGAAGAGAAGGAGCGUCCCAAGCCAACCUCUAAUGUCGUUCCUGUACUUUCUGCCAAGCCGGGGGCAUCUACCCUUGCCACCAGGAAUGUGGCAAUACCCUCGACAAUAUCUUCUAAGUCUAGAAGCCAUCCCGCUCUAGCGCCUCCAACACCGGAAACUCCACUUUCUUUCACUUCCUCUCAUUCGGGCCCAUCCUCUCCCUCGCCGUUAUCAACCGCCCCCCACCGUCCCAUUUUGCCGUUGUCUCACUCGACGCCUCUUUCUCACCAGCGCACUUCGAAAUCCCGACUGAUCGCACUUUCCAACGCGAAGGAGACUUCGCUCCUGGGUCCCGCGCCGGGCGCUCCGUUUCCCUUCGAAGCGCCCAGCACUGCCGUGCUCCCGCCACCGGCUUCCGCGCCCUCUCCUUUCUCGGACGAGUCCCCGACCUCGGGCGUCGUUGACGCCACGGUCGGCUCGAAGCGCAGACACAAUGUUAUGCUGCUCGACUCAGCCAUGACGACGAGCUCGCCUGACGGACUACCUCCCGCGCCUGGCGGGCCGUCUUCCGGGACAAACAAGCGGCGAACACGCAGCUCGCGCGGGCCUGCACUCGGGCUCUCGCAAUUUGACCAGAACCAGGGCCAGCCGAUGGACGCGAUGGAUAUCGAAGAAGAGGGCGGGCGGGAGCGCAAGCGUGUCGCGCGGCGCUGA